GACGCAGGUCUAUGUCGCGGGCGGCGGCGGCCGUGCAGGGAGGAUGCGCGAGUACAAAGUGGUGGUGCUGGGCUCGGGCGGGGUAGGCAAGUCCGCCCUGACCGUGCAGUUCGUGACCGGCACCUUCAUCGAGAAAUACGACCCCACCAUCGAGGACUUCUACCGCAAGGAGAUCGAGGUGGACUCGUCGCCGUCGGUGCUGGAGAUCCUGGACACGGCGGGCACCGAGCAGUUCGCGUCCAUGCGGGACCUGUACAUCAAGAACGGCCAGGGCUUCAUCCUCGUCUACAGCCUGGUGAACCAGCAGAGCUUCCAGGACAUCAAACCCAUGCGGGACCAGAUCAUCCGCGUGAAGCGGUAUGAGAAAGUGCCAGUCAUCCUGGUCGGGAACAAAGUGGACCUGGAGAGUGAGAGAGAAGUGUCCUCCAGUGAAGGGCGGGCCUUGGCCGAAGACUGGGGCUGCCCCUUUAUGGAGACCUCUGCUAAGAGUAAAACAAUGGUGGAUGAACUCUUUGCUGAAAUUGUGAGGCAGAUGAACUAUGCAGCUCAGCCUGACAAAGAUGACCCCUGCUGCUCUGCCUGUAACAUACAAUAGCACCCGAACACGGCUGUCCUGGACGGGACUGGUCUAGGCUUGUAGGCAACCUCACCUUGUCUACUCCGCUGAGGUUGGUAGGGUGGGUGGUGCGCAUCCGCACUGAGUGCACCACAACCCUCGGGCUUCAUGGCCCGCGAUGCCUCUGAGCCCCCGUGGGUCCGUGACCACAGCCUCCACCGUUGUCCUCCUCGGGUCUCCCAUGCGUCUGCAGCCUGAAGCCACCACCCCACCAUGGAGCUACAGGGUGACCUCAUUUGACGUGACAAUGGUAUGGCCACUGAGUUAACAGAAGCCACUGCUGUGUAGGUUAAAUUUAAAAUAACCGUGAGAGAAAAACCAGAAGAAUUCCUAUGACCACUAACAAAAUAUUUUGUCUUCUUUAAUAAAAAAAAAAAAAAAAGUAAAGGAGAAAUAUUUUCCUACAAGAGUAUUGAAGUCAGGAAGCGAUGGACCUUCUAGCCGGUGGAUUCCACCAAGUAACACACUGCCCGCCAGCAGCAUGGCCGGGAGAUGGCUCAGCUGACACAUUUCUGUUCUUCAAAUCGUUGCUUAAUUGUAGGUGUUUUCCCAAUUUGUGACAUGAAAUUCACUCACCUAUCAAUCCCCAGUGGAGAAAAAGUCAGAACAAGGUUGUAUGAAAAUCCAGUCUGGCUUUAGAAUUUGUUGAGUCACCUGCUUUGCCGUGAGAGUUGGAAGCGCACACUCACCCUCUCUCUCUCUGAACGGAGCAGGGAUGGUCUUUCUUUACUGAUCGAGAAGGAAGCAACUGAGGCUGAGUGGUUGCCUAGCCUUACUAACGAGCAUUGCUGUCAACUAGCCAGUACCACCGCGGAAGGAAAAUGAAGCCAUGCUACAUCCUCAAUCCUCGCGUCCCCGCGUGCAGACACCUCACAGGACAGUUCCAAUAGUUGACAUUCUUUGCGUGUGUUCAUGAAAGCAGCCUUUAAGGGCUAUGGUUGCGAUGUGACCCUUGGCUCACCUGCUUUGGAAAUAGUUUGCUGUAACAGAGCUUUAUUGUACGCAUAAAACAAAACAGAAACAGAUUGAGUAACCUGUGACGUAAUCUGGGUUUUAAAGUAGAAUAUAAAUUAUUACAGAGUGGAAGAGAAGAGCCACAAAAAUCUUUCUCCUCCUCCUCUGGAGAAUCAUGGAAGGGUUUCUUGUACCUAUUCUGCCCUGGUUACCGAGAUGGCCCAUACUGCUAGACUGAGUCUUUGUUUUUAACGGGUGCUUAAGCUCGGCAUUCUUGGUUUCCACAGCCGUGAAGUGUUUAUCAUUUGCAUGAGUAAUGGCACAGGAAAAGAAUCUAUUCAGGAGUUUCCCGUCAAGUGUAGAAGGGUUCUCACCUCACUUCAGAGAUAAAUGCUGGCCAGUGCCUUGAGCCGCCUCUGGAGCUGAGUUAGCCCUCCGGGAAUCGGUGCCUCUGAGCCCGGGCACACUUGGCAUCCCGCACCUUCCUGGCUCCACAGUCCUGUGCAAGUAACCGCUUAGUCUUAUGUGUGUAACUGAGAGAAGAGUGUGUGUUUGUGUGUGCAUGUGUGUUUACUCCUAAGAAUUUGGCACAAUUCAGAGAUCAUUGCCUCUACUGAGAAUCUAUACUGCAGAACACAAUGUAUAAGAAAACUUUUUUUUUAAAUGAUCAGUCUCUUUAUAAGCCAUUGAAAUCUCCCCAAGUGUUUUUUAGUAACUAGCUUUAAACUUAGAAGAUAGAAAAAAAAAAAAAGUCAGUGGUGUCUGUCAUGUGUGAGAAAAAUAAAUGGUGUGGGUGAAGCCAGGCCCAAGUCUGCCCUGUUUGGGCUUCGGCAUCACUUUAAGUUAGCAGGCCCUGCAUUCACUCACAGGACAGACACUUCUAGCCAGUAAUCGUGGAAUACCAAGAAAUGAGAUCCAAGAGGUCUGUUUUAUCUACCGAGACAGAGACGCCAGUGCACUGACUUCUGAGGCUCUAACUUGGGAGACGACUUCUGACUUUUAAACUCCCAUAGGGAACUGCAGUCUAUGAUACUGCAUAUUUGAAGCAGCUGUGCAGAUUCCACAGUUUCCCAUCAUCUGUGAGAAGGCUGUCGAGGCGUGAAGCGCGAGUCAUGCAUUCAGGCGGGCUUUUCCUCGGAGGUGUUCCUCAGCCCAGGGUUUGCACCCAUCCUUUGUAGUGCCCAAGCAUCACUUCCCCAGAACAACCUGCCACGCCCUCCCCCUCUGGUGUGAAUCUAUCUGACUUCUGUGCAUGAUGUUUUUGCCAAGAUGGGAAUAAAAAAAAACCCACGGACAGGAACACGACAUUUACCGGCACCUGAAAUUACGGGUUAUAGGGGAGAGCUAGUGACUUUGCUUGCUGUUUCUUUAAAGCCCCAUCUGACUAGCAACUAGAUAAAUGAAACUUUGUUCUAACAUGCCUUAAAAAUAUUAUGGUUUGACCCAAAGACCCACUUUUUCCUUAGCUACUGUCAAGUUUCCUCUGCUUUGUCUUUUACUUUUACCGAAGGGCAGAUUUUUUUUUUUUUUUUUAAGGUUUGUUUCUUUUAAGGUGUAACUUGUGGGUUCUUUUAUGCUGUGGUAGUGAUGGUAACCGAUGCCUUCCCACCGUUGAGCUCUUCCACGAGACACGCCAGCGUGCGCUGGGAAGCCUUCCGGGUCUUUCCUUCUCCACUGAAAGGUGCUCUGAUGCUCAUACCCUUUGCUUUGUGGAAUUGGGAUUUGGCUGGGUCACCACACUCUGUACUGAAACUACUGAUGCUUACUUUUCCGUGUUGCCCAGGGGUGCCCGCUGCGUGCUUUCCAGUGUGAGUGUUGCUGGCUUUGAGUGUGAAGCUGCUUUGUCUGAUGCUCUCGGGUCUAGUUUCUCAGUUCUCCAUCAGUAGCCCUCCCCAGCCCCGUUAGCACUGGUGAAGCUUUAAUUGUCUCCUCAGCCAAUGAGAUGUUAGAGACUGGGGGUCCUUCUGUGUAAGUUGUCAUUGUGCAUCUGUUUAACCUCCAUCAGGGUUUCUAGAAUGGCUGCAGUAGACGUUGAACAGACUUUCCAUUAUGGAUUCGGGGUUUCCCAGAGAUACGGUUCACAGUUAAUUGUUGAACUCUAAUACAACUGACCAUUUAAAACUGAACAACACUCUAUUGUUUUGUAACAGUGUCGAGGAAGCCUGACAUUUCAAUUGAAACGUGGAUUGUAGCUAUAACUCGAUGCGAAUUCAACAGUUGUAUUUGGAGUUAAAUUAUUUUAACAAAUAAAUUUAUUUAAUGAAAA